AUAUUAAGGAACCUUUUGGCUUCAUAGAAAUACAAAAUUAAAAGUAGAUGUGCCAAUAUUCUUAGUUUCGUGUAGUAAAGUUUUGAAGGUUGAACUUUAGCUGAUGCAUUCCUGCUAUACUUGUAGGUGCAUAGUUUUGUAUUCAUCAUGAGUGAAGAGAUGAAGAGACUUAUUGCUUAUGUGGAAGAUCUCUACGAGGAUACAAACUCAUGCAACAUGGUCAAGGUACAAUGGUUCGACAAAGUUGAUGAGUCCUGAGUGUCCAGCACUACGAGAAGUUCAAGGGUGAUACCAGAUACAACUUGUGGCAACCUUAUUUUUGCUGUCGGCAGAUUGAUAAUGGUGACAUCAAACCUUUUGAUGUCACACAGUUGCAAGGCUACUAGAGCCAGGAAGUACUUAGGACCAUGUUCAAUGCAACUUCCUCUCUGAAGGUGCGUUUCAAGGUCCCUAAAUCCAGACCCAGUUCAGAUGGAGGGCUGAAGAGGAAGCGUGAUGCAUUCAACGAUGAUGCUAAUCCACAGAAGUUCAUUCCUUCUGGUGCUUCUACUUCUAGGUUUUAUGGUGAGAACAUCCAACAAUUGUGUCCUGGUUGCCAUGUGGAAGUACUCUCUCAAGAUAGUGGUAUAAGGGGAUGUUGGUUUAGAUGUUUGAUUCUGAAGAGGCAUAAAGAUAAAAUCAAGGUGCGCUACCUAGAACUUCAGGAUGCUGAUGAGACUGGAAACUUGGAGGAGUGGGUUAUGCUAACACGAGUUGCCAAACCUGAUCAACUGGGUGUACAUUUCCUUGGAAGGCCAAUGGUUCGUCCACAGCGCGUGGAACAAAGCAAGGCCUCAUGCUUUGAUGUUGGAGCCAUUGUUGAUGCGUGGUGGCAUGGUGGCUGGUGGGAGGGAAUCGUGCUGUGCCAGGUGGGCAGCGGGCGUCUACAAGUUUAUUUUCCAGGAGAAAACCGAACAGCUGAAUUUGGUGAAGAUGAGCUGAGGUGUUCCCUUGAGUGGGUUGGUAACAAAUGGAAUCCUUUGAAGGGAAGAAAAGAUGUCACAAGCAAGCUGACCUCCACUGCAGAUUGUGGAAGUGAAUGUUUGAUUGGGAAACAAGAUCCAAUGAAUUUUUAUGUGCCUAAAAAUUCAGAACCUCAACUAGAGAGACAUCAAUAUGACAAGGGGGGUAUUGAGAAAUCUUCAGUCAGCAUAAUUUCACGAGAUCAGAAACAUGUCCUUGCCGACCUGACUAAUGAUUUGAAGUUAGAUAACUUGAGGUGGAGGCAAAGAAAGCAGUCGGACACAAGCAGUGGAAGCAGCAGCGGGGACAUGGACUUGUUCAGCCCCAGCCCCAGUGGAAGCUUUGGUCAGCAUAAUUUAGUGCCUGACGAGGAGACAUGCAAGAAAAGUGGAGAGCAGACUUUUAUGGGUGUGCCUGUGCAGGUUCCCAAUCUUGUGAUGUCCAGGUGA